AUGGCUAUUCAUGCCGGUUCUGAAGAGAUUCUUGAGAAUGUGUGGUCUAAAAUUAUCAGCGGUGAUACAGCAGAAUCUCCCAACUCAUGGGAAGAACAUCGUAAUCCCGAUGGAAGAGAAGGGUCAAUGGAGAUUCUGAAAAGGCUUCCAAGUUUAGGGAGAUGGAUAUCAAUGGGGGCUGACUUUUGGGAAGAAAUUUUACAAAGGGUUGUAAUUGAUGGAAACAAUACUGAAGAUUCUGGUGACACCCUUAUGGGAAUUGGCAGUGGUAAACCCAAUAACAAGGUAGAGAAUGGUGUGAGAGAGGAAAAGGUGGUAGAAAAACACUACAGGGGAGUAAGGAGAAGGCCAUGGGGUAAAUAUGCAGCAGAGAUAAGAGACUCUUCCAAGAAAGGUGCUAGUACUAGAGUUUGGCUUGGAACAUUUGACACUGCUGAAGAAGCUGCUCUAGCUUAUGACAAGGCUUCUUUGAGAAUUAGAGGUCCAAAGGCAUACCUCAAUUUCCCUCUUGAGACUGUGUCACAGGCUUUAGGCACUGACCACAAAGAAAAUUCUUGCAAUGCGCACAAGAGAAAAUCACGGGGACAGGAAGAAGAAUUUGUGGAUAUGGUGAAUGAAGAACAUGCAAACAAAAAAUUGGCAAGAUGGGAAAGCGUGCUAGAAAAUGAAGUUGAUGUUUUUGUGUUUCAGGACUUGGGGAGUGAUUACUUAGAAUAUUUGCUAUCUACUUUUUGA